CGGUUAUUUAUAUACUGAAGGGAAGAUGGCGGAUUCAGAAGAGCCAAAAGCGGGUCCUUGCACUUUCUUGUUCAAAAAAUCUACCAAGAAAUUCUCAGGACGAAAGAGAAAAGGAAGCGACAGCGAUAAAGACGGCAACAGUGAUGAAGACCAGAGCUGUGUUGUCAGAAGACAGAAGAAGGGAAGUCGAGUCAACCCCAUGAUUCAAAGGUCAAAGAAAGUGGAGAGAGACGCUGUAUCUUCAAGUGAAAGUGAAGAUGACAAAGAAGACAAGAAGAUCACUGUUGCCUACAAGUCCACACGUUCAGCAAAACCAGAGGGACCCGAGGACAUGGGCGCAACUGCUACAUAUCAACUGGACACAGAGAGAGACAAGGACGCGCAGGCUAUCUUUGAGAGGAGUCAGAAAGUCCAAGAGGAGCUGACGGGUAAAGAGGACGAUAAAAUCUACCGCGGCAUCAACAACUACCAGAAGUUCAUCAAGCCAAAAGAUACCACCAUGGGCAAUGCCUCCUCUGGCAUGGUCAGAAAAGGACCAAUCCGGGCCCCUGAGCACCUGAGAGCCACAGUCAGGUGGGACUACCAGCCAGACAUCUGCAAAGACUACAAGGAGACUGGUUUCUGUGGUUUUGGAGACAGCUGCAAGUUCCUUCACGACCGAUCAGACUACAAACAUGGCUGGCAGAUUGAGAGGGAACUGGAAGAGGGCAGAUACGGAGCCAAUGAUGAUGAGAACUAUGAGGUGAGCAGUGACGAGGAGGAUUUGCCCUUUAAGUGCUUCAUCUGCAGGGAGUCCUUCAAGAACCCCAUCGUCACAAAGUGUCGACACUAUUUUUGUGAGGCCUGCGCUCUUCAGCAUUACCGCAAGUCCAAGCGUUGCUAUGUGUGCAACACUCAAACCAACGGUGUCUUCAACCCUGCUAAAGAUGUGAUGGCCAAGAUGGAGAAACAUCAAGCUGCAACAGACCAGCCACCUUCAGACGAGGAAGAUUAGCAACAUCUCAGCCUUUUGAACCCUCCCUUUACGUGUUUGUCCGUGUAAAUUUGCAAUAAAAUCGCUUUUUUUUUUUUUUUAA